UGUCCUGUAUAAAACCAGCAGCCAAAAUCCUAAAUUCAUCACAAGUUGGAAAACAUUCACGAAGUUCGUUCGGAGUUCCCGCCAUUUUAACCUAACUUUUUAAAAUGAAAUCUAGUCUGGCUUACGUUUUAGCAGCAUACUGCCUACUCUACGUUUUGGUGAAAGUAGAUUGUUCGAUUGUUAAGCCAAAUAAUAUACCUAGAAUUGGAAGGAGUGACGAAAGUGCUGGCCCGUUUGAUCAAGAAAUGGGUUAUGUUAUCAAAACGAACAAAAAUAUACCACGAAUGGGCCGGAGGAACUAUGAUUCGGGCAAUCGCAACGACAUUCCAAAGUUCUAUCAGUUGCCUGAAGAAGCAUUUGAGCAAUAUGCAGAGAGCCGCCCCAGCUACAACCAAGAAUAUCUUGAAGGCAUUUACGAUAACCGCUUGGAAAACAUGAAGAAAUAAAAAGAUGUUGAUGUAGAGAGCUAAGUAAUUGUUCUAAAUAAACAGAUAGGGACUGAAAUACGGACUGGAUUCUGCGAGUACUUCGACUCAUUAUACUUUAUAACUUUUGUUUCGUCUUAACAGCGCACUGUGCUAUAUUGGAAUUAU